AUGGGCUUCGGAAGCUAUUUCAAGUCCGCCGACAAGGGCAACAAGGCUUCUGCGCCGUCGCCGUCGCCGCAGCCGCUUACCGCUCCUACACGACCAGAAAGACCGGAGCGAGCUCAGAGCACGGUGUUCUAUGAGAAACCCAUCAAUGGCAACGAAAUGGAGCUGCAGGCGCCCACGCCGCGCUACAGCUCCAGACCCGGCUCGACACGCUCCGGCCACUCGACACCGUCAAACCAGAGCUCCUACAUGCUUGACGAGAUCAAGCACGAAGUUAUGGUCAACUACCUCUACCAGCAGCAGUGCUCCCAGCUUUGGGUCAGCGACGGCUCCGGCGAGAUUGAGGGUGUCCUCUUGCGUAAGUCGCGCGGACAGUACAUGGCUUGCCCGCCCCAGCUUGUCCACUCGCCGUUUGCGCAAGCUUGCUGCGCUCUCAAUGUCCAGUGCGCCAUGACGGUCAACUCUCGCGUCAUCAAGACCUUUUUGCAAUGGUCCCCCGAUGCCGUCGACGUACCGCUCAUGAACGGCCUCCGCGUACAAAUUCUCCCCACCAUCGAGGACCUGCCCCGCGCCCGCAAGUACCAAUUUGCCGCCUUUGUCGCCUCCGAGGGCCUGCUGGUCGUCUGGGACGAUGACGCUCUGCACCUCGUGCAGCGAGCCAAGGCCAUCGAGUCGGAGCUCAUGGAGCUCGUCUGGAAGGCCGGCAACAGCGACGAGGAGGAUGACGAGAAGCGCGGCGCCGUGACCGAGGCUGAGAUUGAUGAGGAAAGCGGCGAGGUCAAGCCCGAAACCCGCCCGGUCCACCUGCAAAAUACUGUCCUCGUCUCUCUGACGCUCAUCCUCGUUAUUGUCUCGCUCGGCGCGGCCUGGCGCCAGCUGGCCAUUGAGGUGUCCAUCGACAACUCGUACAUGCGCCUCGCCCUCGUUGCGCUCAUGCCCCUCCAAAUCUUCUUCACCCUCUUCUUCGCCCAGGUCAUUGUCGGCUGUCUGGCUCAAAUCUUUGGCCCAAUCCGCCAGCUCACCGUCAACUCCAAGUUCUAUUCGGCCCGCCCACCGCCUCGUCUGACGACGGCCGUCCUGCCGCACGUCACCAUCCAGUGCCCCGUCUACAAGGAGGGUCUCCAGGGCGUCAUCAUGCCCACUGUCAAGUCAAUCAAGCAGGCCAUGUCCACCUACGAGCUCCAGGGCGGCUCCGCCAACAUGUUUAUCAACGACGACGGCCUGCAGCUGCUGCCGGAAGAGGAUCGCCGCGCGCGCAUCGAAUUCUACGCUGACAACAGCAUUGGCUGGGUCGCGCGCCCCAAGCACGGUGAGGACGGCUUUGUCCGCAAGGGCAAGUUCAAGAAGGCGUCCAACAUGAACUACGCACUCAUGAUCUCGUGCAAGGUCGAGGAGAAGCUACUGCUCGCCCAUCGCACCCCCGACUGGAGCCAGCACGACGAGGCGCUCGCGUAUGAGCAGGCCCUCAAGGAAGUGCUUGAGGAGAACGGCCGUGCCUGGGCUGAUGGCAACAUUCGCGUCGGCGACUACAUCCUUCUCAUCGACUCCGACACGCGCGUCCCCGCCGACUGCUUCCUCGACGCCGUCUCCGAGAUGGAGCAAGGCCCCGACGUCGGCAUUAUGCAAUUCUCGUCGGGCGUCAUGCAGGUCGUCCACACGUACUUUGAAAACGGCAUCACCUUCUUCACCAACCUCAUCUACUCGGCCAUUCGCUAUACCGUCUCCAACGGCGACGUCGCCCCCUUUGUCGGCCACAACGCGUUUCUCCGCUGGUCCGCCAUUCAGCAGGUCUCGUACCAGGAUGAGGACGGCUACGACAAGUUCUGGUCCGAGAGCCACGUCUCGGAAGAUUUCGACAUGUCACUGCGCCUGCAGUGCAACGGCUACAUUAUCCGCCUGGCUGCCUGGGCCGGCGAGGGCUUCAAAGAAGGCGUCUCGCUGACCGUCUACGACGAGCUCGCGCGCUGGGAAAAAUAUGCUUACGGCUGCAACGAGCUCCUCUUCCACCCCAUUCGCACCUGGCUGUGGCGCGGUCCCUUCACGCCCCUAUUCCGCACCUUUCUCUUCUCCAACAUUCGCUUCACCUCCAAGAUCACCGUCAUCUCCUACAUUGGCACCUACUACGCCAUUGGUGCCGCCUGGAUCAUGACGACGGUCAACUACUUCCUCAUGGGCUGGUACAACGGUUACCUCGACAAGUACUACGUCGACUCGUGGCAGGUCUGGUUCGCCAUCAUCAUCGUCUUCAACGGCCUCGGUAACGUGUCCCUCGCCAUCAUGCGCUACCGCAUCGGCGAGCGCAGCCUGCUCUACGCCAUCUACGAAAACUUUAAAUGGACUCUCAUGCUCGCCAUCUUCCUCGGCGGUCUCUCCCUCCACGUCUCCCAGGCUCUCCUCGCCCACAUGUUUGAGAUCAACAUGACUUGGGGCUCCACGUCAAAGGAGGCCGAGUUUUCCAACUUCUUUAUUGAGGUGCCGAAGGUGCUCAAGAGCUUCAAGUUUUCAAUCAUUUUCGCCCUUGUUGCCAUUGUGGGCAUGAUUAUUCUUGCCGUCGCGCCAUUUGUGCCCCACGACUGGCGCAUCACCGACUUUGUCGCCAUCCUACCCAUGUCGACGGUCGCGGCCAGUCAUUUCUUGCUGCCAUUUGCCCUGAACCCGGCUCUCAUGACCUUUUCCUGGUAA